AUGAGAGAAAAAACAAAAAACAAAAAAUGGCGCACGUGUCUUUUCAAAGGAAUUUGGAUGCUUCUUUUUUCUUUUACAUGUUGUGCCACUCUGUCUGUGUUUCUGUGUGGUGAAUGCAUCUCCCACACAUUCUCUCCUGUUCUCGUCACAUGUAAACUUGUUUUAACAACACGUCUCUACGCACACACACCCGGAUUGACAGCAGAGGGAAGAAACAAACAAUCAAACAAACACAAAAACGAAAAACAAAAAAGGGGGAUGCGUCGCCCAUCGAGGUGGCGUCAUGUUGUGCGGCCUACACUUCCGUUUGAAGCCUCAGUUAUUACCGCUGUCGUGGAUGCUGCGAUGACGAGGAUGGGGAUGACACGCUCGGUAUCAACAGCGCCGCCAAUUUCUUUGCUUUCGUGGUCCGUCGACGGUGCCGGACACACACACCGCCGCUGCAGACGUCGUCUCUCCAUUCAAGAACGCAUACCGUUGAUCUGCAACACAAUUAGGGAAGCUGCCCCGGACAUCGUCGCGCUUCAGGACUCCUUGCCGCAGGUGGCCGAGGCGCUUUGCAGUCAGUUGGCGCCCAGACACAUUAGUAAGCCACACGAUGAUAACACGCAGGCCGAACUUUUGCCAGCAGAUGCCAAAGACGGCCCUCAAUACGAAUUAGUUGGAGCUGUGCGAAACGGUCGUUGUGGAUGUCUGCAGCUGUUUAGGCGCCAUGACUCGGUUUGGGGCGGGCGUCUUCUUCUUUCCUGUCCGUCUCUCACGGCCGAGUUUGUUUCCACCGCCCCGUCCGUCCACGACUCAGCCAGCAGAAAAGCAACAGAAUCAAGCAAAGUGGAUGCGGCUACGGCGGUGGGUGGUGACGGUGGCGGUGUUCGCUUUGUGCUGACGAACGUGGAUCUUUCUUACCGUGGCAAGAGCCUGGCGGUAGGAGGGAUGCCACUUGUGUCGCCCGAUGUAAGCGCGAACGGGAGUCCAUUCACGUUGCAUGUAGCGCCCGGGACGCCGGCGAGGCAGCGGGUGAAGGGGCAGUUGGAUCCGCACCGCGAGGUGGCCCUCACGUUCUUCUCACGAGUGGCAAGGCCUGAUGUGUUGCUUGGAAACUUUUUUAUGGGACGCGAUGAGUCCAUGCCGGGGUAUGAGGACGCAUGGGCACUUGCAGGAGCACCGGCGGAGCAUGAGCGCACGAUAAACACAUUUUACCAUCACAAGCAUGACGCGGAGACGAAUUUCUUUUAUUUUUUACCGCAACAGACAAAAGUGGUGGGUAAUCCAGUGUCAUUUCCUCCUGCGGAUGCUCCCGUGGGCACUCGGAUCCCGUUGAAUGCCUCUUGUCUCAUUGACAGGGCUACCGGGUCAAACAUCGUGGACACAACGACGAAUUCUUCAGUGAAAAGUGGCGGGGAGCGGGAUGCCGUGCGACAGCGUGGAGAGGUGCCGCAGGUUGCGGCGAGGAUUCAGCGGUGUUUCUUCCGCCGUCUUCCAUCAAGGCAUCACAAGCGACAACUUCCACUUUUUUCUCGGUACGAACGACGACAGUUGGUGGUUUUGAAGCCCUUCACACAUGCCCUUUUGACGGCAGAAGAGGCGGCAGCGGCGGGUCGGGAUGGCGGCGGGAUGCAGGUGCGUUGCUCCGCCGCGGAUGGGUACCCUAUUCUGGUGCUUCUUUCCUGA